AUGCCAACACAUGGAGAUGCUUCCGUCAGUGCCAUUGAGGAGAGUGAUCAGGGAGAACUGAUUCUUAAGGUUGAAGAGAUUCAAACCCCUAUCGCCAGGAUAGGGGCACAGCUGCUAAAAAGUUGUCUAGUCCCGAAGGAGCUAGUCAAUGAUGAGAAUGAUAAAGGGUUGAGGAAUUUUAUACAACAAAUGCUGGAUCAAGGCGAGUUACAAAUCAAUCGUCGUGUCAAGAACAAGGGAGAGGAAGAGAUAGCCGUCAUGGUGGACAUCCUUUAUGAUGAGGUUAAGGUGGACAUCCUUUAUGAUGAGGUUAAUGUGGACAUCCCUUAUGAUGAGGUUAAUGUGGAAAUCCCUAUAAGCCCAUUGGUGAUAGAGUGUCCAGCACCGUUUGCGUAUAAAGAUGAGAAGGCGGUAUCAUGGAUAUAUCAGCCCAGAGCUUUUAAGCAAGGGCAGGAAGACCGACCCGUGGUAAUCAAUGAACCAAAUGUCACCUUAAUUGUGGGGCUAGAUGGAAUGACGCGUAGUGGCCGAGUGUUCGCACCAAGGGUUGUUGAUGCUUCUACAAAAGCCAAAGGGAAAGAAAUUGCUACUCCUGUCCAAAUUCCUGUCCCCAAUCAAGAAAUGCAAGACUUGCACCUAUCUCCUAAAGCCGCAGUCACUCGCGAGGAGGCCGAGGAAUUUCUAAGGAUAAUCAAGAAAAGUGAUUAUAAAGUGGUGGACCAACUGAAUCAAACACCUUCAAAAAUCUCCAUGUUAUCUCUGUUGCUAAACUCAGAAGCACACAGGAAUUCGUUAUUGAAAGUGUUAAGCGCAACACAUAUCACGAAAGACAUAACGAUAGAACAGUUUGAUGAUGUGAUAGCGUGCGUAACCACUGGAAAUUUUUUGGGGUUUAACGAUGAUGAACUGCCAGUUGAGGGAAAGAACCAUAACAAGGCCCUACAUAUCUCCUUGAAAUGCAUAGACACUAUACUAUCAAGGGUAUUAGUAGACACAGGCGCUGUCACCUCCACUUUACACCAAAAGCUAAAAUUCAUUACAAAUGACAAGAUGAUUGUGAUUGGCGGGGAGGAGGAUAUCUUGGUUAGCCACUUAACAUCUUUCCAAUAUAUCGAGGUGGAUGGCGAGAUAACCGAGACACCAUUCCAGUAUUUGGAAGUGGUAAAUAUGAUGGUUGUCCAACAGACAUUGGAGACUCCGAAGUCAGGACCAUCCAUGGCCUCGUGGCAAGGAGCUAAGGCUGUGAUGGAAAGGGAAAAUGCUCAAGACUGGGGCAAAGUGGUGGAAGUGAACCAGAAGCGAGACAAGUUUGGGUUAGGGUAUGACCCAUCGUCAAUUGAAGUCGGUAACCAACACGAUAAAGAGCAGAUUCCUCCUAUAGAAGAAACGUUCACCAACGCUGGCCACAUUUUUGGCAACCAGGUGGCAAUGAUUAAUGUUUAA